CACGCGUCACUAUUCACGAGCGAGAAAUCGUAAUUUUGAACUCCGUUGACCAAUCACGGGAGACGUCUGACGUCCUGUAUCCUAGGAGAUUUUUCCCCUUUGCCUUUAAUGCCUUGGCCUCUGAUGCUCUGCGCGCGCUCCUGCGCAAAUCUGUGCCGGUUGCCUGGUCAACCAAAUGCGCGUGCCCCUGCAAGCUGAUGUCGGGGGCGCGCAGUUGGAGGACUUAGUGGAGCAGCUCGGCCAAAAAAAAAAAAAAAUGAAUUAGACACGAAGCCUGGAACAAAUUAUGAUUCUGGGUUUGAUUUAUUUUGCCCGUUCUGUGUAAAUACAGAUUAUAAUGUAUUAUUUUAACCAAGUAAAUGACUUUGGAGAGCUGUUUACACAAACUCGGCCGCACUGAGGAUGAAGAAUAUGAUAUCGAGGACCUGCUGUCACUUCUCGUAUGAACGCUGAAAUAUAUUUGAAGAGGAAUUACACUUUUUGCAUCUCUUUUUUGGCGUUUUAAGUUUAUAGGACUGAUAUUAAUUGCAGUUUGGUCAUGUUGUAGCAGUAGCUUUGGGUGCCUUUUUGCACAAUUGAUAAAAUAUAAUAUUUAUUUUAGAAUUGUAACACUCAUUGCCUGUACAAGAACGAGUGGGUCUUCGGGAUUUUACUAUCUGUUAGAAAUCGUGGGUUGAAUUUAUUGGACCCGAAGAGUUGGAUUAUAGCCUACUGACGCCUUAAACAUGUAUGCAGGACGAAAAAGAAGAAAACCAGUGCAAAGAGCGGUGAAGCAGCCCCCAACUGAAGGGGGGAAGUCUAACCCGUCCAAACGCCAUCGAGACCGGCUAAACUCCGAGUUGGACCGGCUGGCCAGUCUCCUUCCGUUUCCCGAGGAGGUCACGAGCAGCCUGGACAAACUCUCCAUCCUGCGUCUGAGUGUCAGUUACCUGCGUGCUAAGAACUUCUUCUCUGUUGCACUGAAAAACCACAACUGCAAUGGUUUGUCGGCCAACAACAGUAACCGUGACAACAGUAAAGCAACGGGAUUGGUUGACGGCUGGCUGCAUGAGGGAGAGCUCCUACUACAGGCGCUCAAUGGCUUUGUGUUGGUGGUCACUGCUGAGGGGAUUGUUUUCUACUGUUCUCACACCAUCCAGGAUUAUUUAGGAUUCCACCAGACGGAUGUGAUGCAUCAAAAUGUCUUUGAUCUCAUUCAUACUGAAGACCAGCAGGCCUUCAGACACAACUUGCACUGGGCUCUGAACCCACCUCCAACCAGCAAACAGACAGAAGAAUCCUCACAAGAUGGAGAUCCUGCCCCAAGUAUGUCUCUGGUGAUGUGCAACCCUGACCAGCUGCCUCCAGAAAACUCCUCUUUCCUGGAGAGAAAUUUUGUCUGUCGUUUCCGAUGCCUCCUAGACAAUUCCUCUGGAUUCCUGGCCCUGAAUCUUCUAGGGCGUCUGAAAUUCCUGCAUGGACAGAACAGACGAUUGGAUGACGGAGGCCAAAUGCCACCCCAGCUCGCCCUGUUUGCCAUAGCAACGCCCCUACAGCCUCCUUCCAUAAUGGAGAUCCGAACCAAGAACAUGAUUUUUAGAACCAAACACAAGUUGGACUUCACACCAAUGGCCUGUGAUGCUAAGGGUAAAAUCGUUCUUGGCUACACAGAGGCAGAGCUGCGAGUUCGAGGUUCAGGGUAUCAGUUCAUCCAUGCAGCCGAUAUGCUCUACUGCGCCGAGAACCAUGUCAGGAUGAUCAAGACUGGAGAAAGCGGCCUGACUGUGUUUAGACUGCUUACAAAGGACAACCGUUGGAAAUGGGUACAAGCUAAUGCUAGACUUGUCUACAAAAAUGGCAAGCCUGACUACAUCAUUGCCACCCAGAGGCCGCUUGUAGAAGAAGAGGGCGGAGAGCAUUUGAGGAAGCGAUCUAUGCAUCCUUUCACCUUUGCUACUGGAGAAGCUAUGCUGUACCAAAUCAGCUACCCCAUGCCAGGCUUCCCCGACACCCUUCAGGGCAAAGGCAAGAACAACAAAACCAAAAAGACAAAGGUGGACAAAAGCUCAAAGGAUGAUGUGGACCCAAGUUCUCUGCUGGGAGCCAUGAUGAGACAGGACGAGUCUGUUUAUGUUUGCCAGCCUGCUAUGGAGCCUAGAAUGUCAUUCCACAGUAGCCUCUUCAAUGAGCAAGGAGAGACUAGCACUUUCUCUUCUUCUGAGAAUGAAAGUUGGAAUCCGGUGCAGAAUGGUGUAACUGUAGUUUCCAAACAGGAGCCAUCAAGUUUUGACCCACUACUGGCAACAUUAGAUUCUCUGUCCCUGGAAACUGAGGAGAGCUGCUCUAACAGUGAGCUAUUCAGUGCCCUGGAAAAUCUUGGACUCAACGCAGAGGACCUGGAGUUGCUGCUUCUGGAUGAGAGGAUGAUCCAAGUAGAGAUGGAACCGGAUUACAUACCAUCUCUGAAUGAUCUUCUCACCAACAACGAAAUCCUCUCCUACGUCCACGACUCUCUGGAGAACCGGAUAGAGGACUCGGCAGAUGCUCAAAACCCUGCCGCAGCAUUAGAUUCUGUUGAACCCCCAAAGCCAUGUUCUGCUUCCGACUCAGCUCCUCAAGUUACUUCCUCACUACCUGCUCCUCACGUCCCUUCCUGGCCUCAAAAACAGAUAGCACCCAUAAUUCAUCUCUCACAGCGUAUGCAGCAACAUCUCAAUGGCCAGUCGGUUUGCCAUAAAACCGAGAGUUGGAUCCAGGCGCCAAUUCCUCAGGUGUCUACAACAGACUCUGAGACUACUACUUUUAACCAGCAUGAUACAUUGUUGGUGAACUCAGUACCAGUUGAACACAAUGGUCAUUGGGUCUCUGAACACACACAAGCCAACUUGAACUCUAAACUUGGUGACAAGAUAACUAGUAAAGCACAGCCACAGCAAUGGCAGCACAGCCAGUUGCUUGUCCCAUUCCAGUAUAAACAGAAAACAGUUGAAGAUAGUGACACCCCUCCGAAUGGGGUCUACGGUGAUCCCCAGUGGCAUGGAUACAACUUCACAGACCAAUUGGUCACAAAUCGACCUUGUUUUCCCAAUGGCCAAAAGGCACACACACAGACAAUGGGUACCCGUGUUGACUGCAAUAUGACUGACAAUUCAGGGGUGGAUUUUACAAUGAACAGCAGUUCAGCUGUGGAUGCAGGGCAGUUUCAGGCAGCCAUGGCCUGGUCUUCGUCCUAUCAACAGGGUUAUCAGAAACAGCAGCAGCAGCCAAAGUUCGCACCCAAUUAUUACGCCUCCUAUACCAAACAGAACUCCUCUCUGGAGCAUAUCCUGGGAUUAGUCACACCUUCAAACCUUCCCUCAUUGACAGAUUACGGCUCUGAACUGACCCAUGACACCACCCACAGUAAGAUGGAGACAGGCUUUAUACUCAACUCCACUAGUGUGGCCUACUCAGGAAGUUGUUUGGUUCCCAACGGCAAUGCAGUGCCCACACCCGGCAACAGUCCCCACCCCCUUCCUGAGCCCCUCCUACCUCCCCCAGACCCUCAGACCACUGGUUUAUACCUCUGAACACACUUGAUAAAGAUCCGUCCGUAGAGAUGCCACCAAUCACGGAAAGACUAUCAAACAAAACAUUUUAAAAGAAAACUUGACUUGCUUACCAACUUGAAUUACAUUAAUUUAAAUUCAAAUGAGCCAGAUUGACCUCUGGAAUAUCAAAUACUCCACCCAACAUAAUGUGAUAGUAUUCUCAUUGAUU